AUGGCGAGAGGCCUGAAGCGUGUUGGUGGAACCGUACGUCAUAACGAUUAUGGCCUUGACAUAUUCAUGCCAUCAUUCGGCGUUUAUAUUCUGUUGCCGUUCUACCAAGGCCGGACGGACACACAUCAGCAUUCUGAAAAGCCAAAUCUCUUCCAGAAAGCAAAAGCAUCUUGCGCCGACCGUCCGUCAGAAAAUGUUGGAGCUAAUAAACUAGGAGGAUCUAAAACGGUCGCCUUAAAGUCAGACAUUUCGCAGGCUGUCUCUUCGAACGUUUUCGUUGAUCAGAAAGAGAGCGAUUGUGAGGUUGAGAAACUAAACAAGGAAAGGCAUCUUAUAACUCCACCCGCUAAACCCAAGAAUCUUUGA